AGUGGGGCUUGGCUACCAUAAACCGUCAAAAAACGCAGUUUGAUGAUAUGAGCAGCAAACAGAGAUUACAGAGGGAUCCAAGAAGAUAACAAAAGAGACUGAAAUGGAAAGAACAUCCGAGAGCCACAGGAGCAGCAGGUUGAGAGGCGGCCAACUGAAUUAGGACGAAAGCAACGAAGCCGAAGCGAGUGGAGAGGAAGACGACGACGUCGUAGCAGCAGCAGGACGCAGGAGAAGGGAAGAAACGAGGGAUCUACGGGAGGAGGGUGGUGGGCAGGAAGAUAGAAGGUACGUGCGAGCAGAGAGCCGUUCCUCAUGGAGGCGGCGAUGGAUCUGAUGCGGCGGAUGCCGCCGCGGAGCGCGGAGACGGCGCUCAACGCGCUGCUCUCCCUCCUCCCCGACCACUCCCUCGACCUCCUCUCCCAGGUCGACCUCCCGCUCCAGGUUUGCAUGGAUAAGGAGAGCUUGAAGGCAUACAUUCUAUGCGAAUAUAACCGUGACGCUGACUCCUACCGAUCUCCUUGGUCGAAUAAAUAUGACCCCCCUUUGGAAGACGGGACAGUUCCUUCUCAAGCGAUGAGGAAUCUUGAGGUUGAGGCAAAUGAAGUUUUCUCAGUGUAUCGUGACCAGUACUAUGAAGGUGGCAUCUCGUCUGUUUACAUUUGGGAGGAUGAAGAUAAUGGGUUUAUCGCAUGCUUCUUAAUUAAGAAAGAUGGACAAGGAAAAAGAGGGUACAUGCAGAUUGGUUCAUGGGAUGCUAUUCAUGUUAUUCAGGUUGGUCCUGAAGAAGAAGGAGCGGCACAUUACUGCUUGAACAGCACUGUGAUGCUCUCAUUGACAACAGACAACAAGCAGUCGGGAACCUUCAACUUGUCUGGAUCGAUAAGACGGCAGAUGAGUAUGACCCUUGCUGUAGCUGAUGGACACCUUGUUAAUAUGGGGAAAAUGAUAGAAGAAAUGGAGGGGAAGCUGAGAAAUUCACUGGACCAGGUUUAUUUCGGGAAGACCAGAGAAAUGGUUUGCACUCUUCGGCCACCACCAGAAGUGCUUAAUAGGAGACUACCUGACAGCUGAGCCAGUGCAUAGAAGUGUCAAUUUAUGAUAUAAUGUAUUCACUCUAGGCGUGGUCUGUGUGUGCUUCAUAGUUAGUUGUCUGUGCAUCGGUGUCGACAUUUGUUGAGGUAUCUAUCAUAGGAACUUAUUAUCUUCUAAUCUGUUGUGAUUAAAUGGGAAGGAUUGAGCGAACCAUGGUCAGCUGUAUCCACGAAGUGUUUUGACAGGAGCAAAGUGUUUGCAGGAGAGCUCAGUUACCGACAAAUGAAUCUCUGUACAAAGUUCUGUUGUUGGCGUUCUGUA